AUGUUCUCGACGGUCAUAAAGCCCUUACUCUCUCCCUCACCCUCGCUGUUUCGCCUUCCCGUUCUUUCGUCACGCUCACUCUUCUUUCGCGUCUUUCCCUUAUCCUCCUCUCACUUUCACUUCCACUUCCACUCCCAGUCUUCUCAUCCGAUUACGCCUCUCCGUUCCUCCUCCCGCAGUAACUAUACUCGCCGCCACGUGUCUCUCCCUGACCACCACCUCUCAUGUUCCCUUCCCGAGAAGCCUCUUCGUGUCGCCGUCCUCCUCAGCGGCGGCGUCGAUAGCAGCGUCGCCCUCCGCCUCCUCCACGCCGCUGGGCACUCCUGUACAGCUUUCUACCUCAAAAUCUGGUUCCAGGAAGGCUUUGAGAAUUUCUGGAACCAGUGUCCCUGGGAAGACGAUUUGAAGUACGCAAAGCAUGUCUGUGAGCAGGUAAUUGAUGUACCUUUAGAGGUUGUGCAUCUAACAGAUGAAUAUUGGGAAAGAGUUGUUUCUUACAUUAUUGAGGAGUACCGUUGUGGGCGUACACCUAAUCCGGAUGUUCUAUGUAAUACUAGAAUCAAGUUUGGGGCAUUUAUGGAUGCAAUCAGUGAUAUGGAGUAUGAUUACGUAGCUUCAGGUCAUUAUGCUAAAGUUGUCCAUCUCCCUGCUGGUCCAUCUGUUUUGGAACUCUCACAAGACAUGGUGAAGGAUCAGACCUACUUCCUCUCACAUCUCUCCCAAACCCAGCUUAAGCGGCUCCUGUUCCCACUUGGUUGCAUAAAGAAGGAAGAAGUUCGCAAACUAGCCACUCAAUUUGAUUUGCCAAAUAAAGACAGAAAAGAUUCACAAGGAAUAUGUUUCCUUGGGAAGAUUAAGUUCAGCGACUUUGUCGGAAAACACAUAGGAGAGAAGGAAGGGAUUAUACUGGAAGCUGAAACGGGUGAUUUUCUUGGUAACCAUCGUGGAUUUUGGUUUUACACUAUUGGACAGCGUCAAGGCUUGCGUCUACCCGGUGGACCUUGGUAUGCUUGCUUAACUUGUCAUCACCUUGCUGAGAUCGUUUACCUCGUCUAUGGCAUCAUUCUCUCCCUACCUCUGUGCAGGUAUGUUGUUGAAAAGGACACCAAGAACAAUGUAGUGUUUGUCUCAAGAAAUUACUACUCAAUCGACAAGAGGAGGCGGGUUUUCCGUGUUGGAUCCUUAAGAUGGCUUAGUGGGAAACCUUCAGGCAAUGUUAGCCAGCUUCGUUGCAAGGUCCGACAUGGUCCUGGUUUCUACAGCUGCAGCUUUGAAAUGGAAGCAGAAGGAGAUGAUGUUGCGGUUGUACAUCUUGAUGAAGACGACCAAGGUCUAGCUGCUGGACAGUUUGCAGCCUUCUAUGAAGGAACCACUUGUAUCGGGUCAGGCGUUAUCCUGGAGUCAUGGGAUGAUCAAUGCUUCCCGGUUUGUGCAAAAGCUCUUCAACUUGCAGCUAUGGAAGACAAAACCAAACUCGGGAAACCUGUCAAAAUCAUGACCAUGCCAGUUACCACACCUGUCGAGGCUGAGCCAGGAGAAACAAGUGGAGAAGAAAAGCUUGUCAACGCGUGA